UGGAGCGAGUCUUUCGUCUACGUAAUCUCUCUCUCUCUCUCACUGCUUUUCCUUCUAAUAUAUGUACAUAUAACUAUCUAUCUCUGCUCUUCCGCUUCCUCUCCGUCUUCUUCUUCCUCUUCAAUUUCACAUUUCAAUUUCCUUCUCAAUUCAACACUAAAAAAGUUCACGAAAUGGAUACCUUCCUCUUCACCUCAGAAUCCGUAAACGAAGGCCACCCCGACAAGAUCUGUGACCAGGUUUCUGACGCCGUCCUCGAUGCUUGCCUGGAGCAAGACCCAGACAGCAAGGUUGCCUGCGAAACCUGUACAAAAACCAACAUGGUCAUGGUCUUUGGAGAGAUCACAACCAAGGCCAAGGUGAACUACGAGAAAAUAGUUCGCGACACUUGCCGAGGCAUUGGGUUCGUGUCUGCUGAUGUUGGUCUCGAUGCUGAUAAGUGCAACGUUCUUGUCAACAUUGAGCAACAGAGCCCUGACAUUGCCCAGGGAGUUCACGGUCACUUGUCCAAAAAGCCAGAGGAAAUUGGAGCCGGUGACCAGGGGCACAUGUUUGGCUAUGCCACCGACGAAACACCUGAAUUAAUGCCACUCACUCAUGUGCUUGCUACCAAACUUGGUGCCAAGCUCACGGAAGUGAGAAAGAACAAAACAUGCCCCUGGCUGAGACCUGAUGGUAAAACCCAAGUGACUGUUGAGUACAGGAAUGAUGGUGGGGCCAUGAUCCCUAUCCGUGUGCACACAGUCCUCAUCUCAACCCAACAUGAUGAAACAGUGAAAAAUGAGCAAAUUGCCAAGGAUUUGAAAGAGCAUGUGAUAAAGCCUGUGAUCCCAGCUGAAUACCUGGAUGACAAGACCAUCUUCCAUCUCAACCCUUCAGGUAGGUUUGUGAUUGGAGGACCCCAUGGAGACGCAGGCCUCACUGGGAGGAAGAUAAUCAUUGAUACCUAUGGUGGGUGGGGUGCUCAUGGUGGAGGUGCGUUCUCAGGCAAGGAUCCAACCAAGGUCGAUAGGAGCGGUGCAUACAUUGCUAGGCAAGCCGCAAAGAGUGUGGUAGCUUCAGGGCUUGCACGUCGUUGCCUUGUGCAGGUUUCCUACGCAAUCGGAGUGCCUGAGCCAUUAUCUGUGUUUGUUGAUAGCCAUAAAACAGGGAAGAUUCCUGACCGUGAUAUUCUGGCUUUGAUUAAGGAAAAUUUUGACUUUAGGCCUGGAAUGAUUUCAAUCAAUCUUGACCUCAUGAGAGGAGGCAAGUUCAGGUACCAGAAGACUGCUGCUUAUGGGCAUUUUGGACGAGAUGAUCCUGAUUUCACAUGGGAGACCGUGAAGAUGCUCAAGCCCAAAGCCUGAUUCAUUGGCCUUUUGGUGGUGUUUCUUAAAGUGCCAUCGUAAUCAUCUUUCUGAUUUUGUGUUAGGAAAACAAUAAAGAAGCUUCGGUAUGUAUUUUUCAGCUUGGAUGAGAAAUUAGGAGCAGAAACGUGCUGUCCUAACUGGAGGCGUUCGCACAAUUGGAGCAUGCAGCUUUAGCUAUCUAUACCACUUUUCAUCUUUGUUUAAAUUUCUCAUUGUUGCUUUGUUUUUCUCUCCCUGAUAUUGAUUGUUCUGCAACCAUUCUUGUGUGGGUGGGAUAAACUUAGAAUGCCAUUUAUUUGAUUCUUUUGUCACUUUUGUUUUAUCAUAUUGUUCAUAAUCGCAAAGACUUAGCUAUUUUCUAAUUUCUACUAA